AUGAUUCGAAUCACUAAGGCCCUUGCGGUGGGCUUUUUGGCGGGCAUCGCAAAUGCCUUCAACUAUGACCAGUCCUACCGUGGCCAAUAUCAUUUCUCGCCACAGGAGCAUUGGAUGAAUGACCCCAAUGGUCUUGUAUAUCACAAUGGCAUCUAUCAUUUGUUCUUCCAGUACAACCCAGGAGGUAUCCAGUGGGGGAACAUGUCCUGGGGCCAUGCUACCAGCAAGGAUCUCACCCAUUGGGAACAACAGCCCGUCGCUCUCCUUGCCCGGGGAUAUGGCGGGAAUAUCACCGAGAUGUACUUUAGCGGAAGCGUGGUCGUGGAUGUGAACAACACUAGUGGGUUUGGGAAGCAUGGCAAGACCCCUAUGGUCGCUAUGUAUACAUCCUACUACCCUAUUGCGCAGACGCUACCAAGUGGAAAGAUCAUUCAGGAGAACCAGCAGGCCCAGUCUAUCGCCUCCAGUCUGGACGGUGGUAUGACGUGGACCACAUUCGAUACCGCCAACCCGGUUAUCUACAACCCUCCCGCACCAUACCAAGAUCAGUACGAGAACUUUCGUGAUCCCUUCGUAUUUUGGCAUGACGAGUCGCAAAAGUGGGUUGUUAUCACCACUCUAGCCGCACUGCAUAAGCUCGCGAUUUACACUUCCGACAACCUUAAGGACUGGGUGCUGGCUAGUGAAUUCGGUCCUUAUAAUGCCCAAGGCGGUGUUUGGGAGUGCCCAGGUCUUUUUAAGCUACCCCUUGACGGAGGGAAGUCCACGAAAUGGGUCAUCACGAACGGACUCAACCCCGGUGGUCCUCCCGGCACGGUUGGCUCCGGAACACAGUACUUCGUAGGUGAGUUUGACGGAACCAGCUUUACUCCCGACGCCGAUACUGUGUACCCUGGAAACGCAACAGCCAAUUGGAUGGACUGGGGCCCAGACUUCUAUGCUGCGGCUGGCUACAAUGGCCUCUCUGUUGACGCCCAUGUCCACCUCGGGUGGAUGAACAACUGGCAGUACGGCGGGAAUAUUCCCACCAACCCGUGGCGCAGCGCCAUGUCCAUUCCUCGGCACCUAGCUCUCAAGACCAUUGGGGCCAAGACGACUCUCAUUCAGCAGCCCCAGGAAGCCUGGUUUUCUAUUGUGAGCAAGCAGCCGGCCUAUUCGCACACCUACCGCUCUGUCCCGGCUGGCAUCGUCAAUGUGGGCACUACUGUGGAGGCGAUCAAGAUCGACUUGAGCUUCUCUACUGCUUCGACGGCUUCGGAGUUUGCCAUUGCUGUUCGGGCCUCCGCUGACUCUAACGAGCGGACCCUUGUCGGGUACGACUUUGUCAACAAGCAGGUCUUCCUUGAUCGCACCAAGUCUGGAGAUGUGUCGUUCGAUAAGACUUUUGCAAGUAUCUACCGCGGACCACUUGCACCGGGCGUCGAUGGCAAGGUACACAUGAGUAUCUUUGUCGAUCGGGCUAGCGUGGAAGUUUUUGGCGGCCAGGGUGAGACCACAUUGACUGCUCAGAUCUUCCCGAGCAGCGACGCAGUUAACGCCCAUCUUGUGUCGACCAGAGGUGCUACCAAGGAAGUCAAGCUUGACAUUUAUAAUAUUGCGUCGACCUGGAAGUGA